UUCUGUUUGCACUUCAACAGUUUUGAAACAGAGUUUGUGUUUUCAGAUUCAGUCAGUCGCUGCUGUCUCUUAUCCUCUGAUCCUCAUUCUGCAUGCUUCUUUUUUUUUGUGGGUGUGCGUUUUGUGUAGGAGGCUCUUGCAGACCAUUGCCGGAUGUUAUCACUGAGGUGAGGUGACGGAUGGUCAUACAGCACCUGCUUUCUUUGAUCCCUAUGACAGAUGAUGUUCAAUUUGAAUUUAUCAGACUGAAGUAGAUAGAGAUCAAAGCACUGACUACGGAUAUUCAGAGAAAUGAACACCUCACAUCACCAUGGACCGCAUCAUUCAUACCGAAAUCACAGCCAGGGGGCUUUGCCAGUGGGAAAGCCUGAUCAAGGUGAGAGAGGAUCAACCUCUGGAUGUUACGAGCAGCUACUCAUCUCCACAGAGGUCUUCCUCACACUCGGGCUCGUCAGUCUCCUGGAGAACAUUUUAGUGAUUGCUGCUAUUAUCAAGAACAAGAACCUUCAUUCUCCCAUGUACUUCUUUAUCUGCAGUUUAGCUGUAGCAGACUUGUUGGUCAGUGUCUCCAAUGCCUCCGAAACGGUAGUGAUGGCACUCAUCACGGGGGGCAACCUAACUUAUCGCGAGAGCAUCAUCAAGAACAUGGACAACAUUUUUGACUCGAUGAUCUGCAGCUCACUGUUGGCCUCCAUUUGGAGUUUGUUGGCCAUAGCGGUGGACCGCUACAUCACGAUCUUCUACGCCUUGCGCUACCACAACAUCAUGACUCAACGGCGGGCGGGCACCAUCAUCACCUGCAUCUGGACCUUGUGUACGGUCUCUGGCGUGCUCUUUAUUGUGUACUCUGAGAGCACCACCGUUCUCAUCUGCCUUAUCAGCAUGUUCUUCACCAUGCUGGCGCUUAUGGCCUCGCUCUACGUCCACAUGUUUCUUCUAGCCCGGCUGCACAUGAAGCGCAUUGCCGCCCUCCCUGGCAACGGCCCUAUCUGGCAGGCGGCAAAUAUGAAAGGGGCCAUCACUAUCACUAUCCUGCUGGGAGUAUUCGUGGUGUGCUGGGCUCCCUUUUUUUUGCACCUCAUCCUCAUGAUCUCUUGCCCCCGGAAUCCAUAUUGCAUCUGUUUCAUGUCCCACUUCAACAUGUAUCUGAUCCUCAUUAUGUGCAACUCGGUCAUAGACCCUCUCAUCUACGCAUUCAGGAGCCAAGAGAUGAGGAAAACCUUCAAGGAGAUCUGCUGCUGCUGGUAUGGACUGGCGUCUCUGUGUGUAUAAGCUUGUUUCUGUUUGACGUCAAAGUACUGUUUGGGAGAUAGAUGUUGACUU